AUCCAGCGGCGAGGCGCGCGGAGCAGGUGCGGACCACCGUAUGCGGCUGCCCGGGCUGCGGUGGUAGCGGCGCGGGGCGCUCGCCCGCCCCUUCUCCGGGACACUCUCAGGCUCCGACGCGCGGGGACAUGUCGGUGGUGACUGGCGGCGGUGAGGCGGCCGGCGGGGCCAGCAGCGGCGGCGCGCGCGUCUUCUUCCAGAGUCCCCGCGGUGGCACCGGCGGCAGCCCUGGAUCUAGCAGUGGCUCGGGCUCCUCAAGGGAGGACUCGGCGCCCGUGGCUACGGUGGCCGCCGCCGGGCAAGUGCAACAGCAGCAGCGACGCCACCAGCAGGGAAAAGUGACAGUGAAAUACGACCGUAAGGAGCUUCGGAAGCGAUUGGUGCUGGAAGAAUGGAUCGUGGAACAGCUGGGUCAGCUGUAUGGCUGCGAGGAAGAAGAAAUGCCAGAAGUAGAAAUUGAUAUUGAUGACCUUCUCGAUGCCGACAGCGAGGAGGAAAGAGCUUCGAAAUUACAGGAAGCUCUCGUAGACUGCUAUAAACCAACAGAGGAAUUCAUCAGAGAGCUGCUCUCCCGGAUAAGAGGCAUGAGGAAGCUAAGCCCUCCGCAGAAGAAGAGUGUAUGAUUUUGCAACCGGCUAAAAUUCUCUCGGAGAUGAAGAUUUGGACUCCACAGAUACUUUUAUUAAAAAAAUAAAUAAUAAUAACCACA